GAGCGACGACGCCGACAACGAGGACGGAAAUUGGUGCUCGCCUUGGAGUGGUUUGGAAAUUGCUAUGAAAAGUUAUCAAGCUACUGAUUCGAUCUAAAAGUUUUUUUUGGAAGGGAUUUGUCCUUUGGUAUAUAUAUUGAUUUUCACUUUAGGCUAUUCAGUCAGUUUCGAAUCGAGUUUUUCCCGAGGCAAGCAACAGUCUUUGAAAAGUUUCUGCGAAAGAUGUUGAAGAUUGUGGUUCUAUCCGUGGCAUUUGCUGCAGUGGCCAGCAGCAGUGAAGUCAAAGUGGAGGAACCAUCCGUAAAAAAUACAGUGAAACGGGGAUUGGAUUCCUUUCACUCCAGUUUUGGAGGACACAAUACAGGUGGUGCGGACUUUUGGGGUGGAUCUUCCAGGUUCGGUGCAGCACCAUGGAUACAAAAUACCGGGUGGAAACAUGGUCCAUCACCGGCGGAGAUAGCUGCCACAAUUGCGGCCGCCAAACAGGCUUCAGCUCAGGUGUUGAUUGCCCAGCAGCAGGUUCAAGCAGCCAAAGACAAUGUUCUGAAUCAACAGAAGGUUGCCAACGAAAAAGAGGCUUCUGCUGCUUAUGCAUCGCAGAAGAGUGAGGCCACAGCAGCGGUUCAAAGAUCGGAAGCCGCCGCUGCAGCCCAAUCUGUGGUUUUAGCUCAACAUCGGUUAGCAGCAGCCAAGGCCAACGUAGCGCACCAUCAACGUAUCGCUGCCGCCAAGGAAUCGCUCGCUGCUCAAGCAAUUCAGAGCUCGGCUAAGGCAGCAGCUGCUGAGAUUCAUCGUGCCGAGAUUGAAGCUGCAAAAUUGGCCGCCCAUCAUCGUUCGGAUGCUGCUUCCCUCAACCACCACGUCAUAGCCAUCAAGGAUGAAUCAUUUGCCCCUCUGACCUUUGGCGGGAAUCAGAUUCCCACGACACAGCUGUAUCGUGCAUUGGCCACUCCAUGGAACGAUCUGUCCUCAGUAUCAGCGCAAAAUCCGUGGGUUAAUGGAUUCUCCGCAGGCGGUCAAGGAAAACCAAUUUGGGGUUAGAUUAUGUGACACAAAAUGCUCAGCUAGUUCAUAAUAAACACUUAGUAUUACUGUAUCUAAAAUUGCGAAUUAUAGCUUUCGUGA